UACAAAAUUGGCUGACAUUGUAUCGCGGGAGUUUUAACCGAGUGCAUCGAAAGCGCGGCUGUGUCUCCCACCAAAUAAGAUCUCGCAUGUUGGGAGACAAUUAUACAAAAAAAAUAAAAAAAAAAUCUAAAAUUUUUCGCGGCUGUGUCUCCCAAAAAAUAAAAUCUCGUAUGUUGGGUAGACAAUUACAAAAAAAAGCAUACAAAUCUUCGUUGAUAUAAAGUAAAUGUUUGUUUUAGUGAAUGCGCCACUCCAAAAAUUAAGGGCCCACCUAACUACCAGCCAUUUGAAGUGACUUUAAAUACAUUGGACCUAGAGAACAAUAAUACCUGCAGAAAAUAUGAGCGGUUCUUAUCUGGCCAGGGCGCUAAUGGCUAUGGUAUUAGCGGCCUUUCAAAUCAACGCAAUUGCCAUGGAGAGUGAUACAAAGCCAAAUAUUGUCAUAAUUAUGGCCGAUGAUAUGGGUUUCGAUGAUGUCAGCUUUCGAGGCUCCAAUGAAUUUCUAACACCCAACAUUGAUGCCUUGGCCUACAGUGGGGUUAUCCUAAAUAAUCUCUAUACACCUGCCAUGUGUACUCCCUCACGAGCAGCUUUACUCACUGGCAAGUAUCCUCUGAAUACAGGAAUGCAACAUUAUGUGCUGGUAAACGAUCAACCCUGGAGUUUGCCAGUGAACGAGACUACAAUGGGGGAGAUAUUUCAUGAGCAUGGCUACUUCACAUCACUGAUAGGCAAAUGGCAUUUGGGUAUGUCUCGCAAAGCAUAUACACCAACGUUUCGAGGAUUUGAUCAGCAUUAUGGAUAUUUGGGUUCCUAUGUGGAUUAUUAUAAUCAGAUCAUGGAUCAAGGAAGUGCCAACUAUUCCAAGGGCCAUGACUUUCGUGACAAUUUGAAACCUGUAUGCGAUCGCAAUGGCACCUAUGUCACCGAUUUGUUGACUGAGGCCGCCGUUAAACGUAUUUUGACCCAUAACUACCACGAACAGCCUUUGUUCAUGAUCUUCAGCCAUUUAGCACCACAUUCAGCCAAUGACGAUGAUCCUUUGCAGGCUCCUGAGGAAGAAAUUGCCAAGUUUGCCUAUAUUGAAGAUCCAAGAAGAAGAAAAUAUGCUGCCAUGGUCUCUAAGCUGGAUGAAAGUGUGGGUCUAGUGGUGGAGGCCUUAAGCCAUGGUGGGGUGUUGAAUAAUACCAUACUGCUGUUUUUGUCCGACAAUGGAGGACCCACAACAGGCAUGCAUUCCACAACGGCCUCUAACUAUCCUUUGAGAGGGCAAAAGAACUCUCCUUGGGAGGGAGGCUUACGUUCCUCAGCAGCCAUUUGGUCUACGCAAUUGGAGAAAUUGGGCACUAUAUGGAAGCAAAAGAUAUAUAUUGGAGAUCUAUUACCCACUCUGGCUGCCGCUGCAAAAAUUCAUCUGGAUUUAGAAGCCCUUAAAAUUGAUGGCCUUAAUCUAUGGCCAUCCCUUAGGUAUGGCUAUGAGUCUGUGGAACGUGAAAUCAUGCACAAUAUCGAUGAUAUAUUCCACUAUGAAGUCUAUGCCAAAGGAAAGUGGAAAUUUAUCAAUGGCACCACUUUGGAGGGAAAAUUCGAUGGCUGGCUUGGCACACGCCCUGCCAAUGACUCCAACCAAAUUGAUCCCCGUUUCGAGAACUAUGAAGAUCUGGUCAAACAUUCCCGUGUAUGGAAAUAUUUACACAUUAUAACCGGUGAUAAGCCCAUACAGCUGCUGGAGCAUCGUCAACAUUCGGUCAUUAAGUGCCUAUAUCAAAAUACUUCCGAAGGAGUGACCUGCAAUCCCCUGGAGGCCCCUUGCCUCUUUGAUCUGGACACCGAUCCCUGUGAGCAGAAUAAUCUUUAUGAGAAAUAUAAAAAUUCCACCAUAUUUUCAAAUAUCAUGGAACGCAUAGAGUAUUUCCGUAACAAUGCCCAUCCCAUAAUGAAUAAGCCAGCUGAUUAUCGCUGUAAUCCGGCCAACUUUAAUGGUGAAUGGACCUGGUGGGAGGAUGUCUUGGAAGGAAAUGGUGUGGCCAAAGUUCAUUUAAACAUUAGUUUCAUGCAGUUACUUACUUUGACAAGUUUUACAAUAAUUUUUAGCCAGAUUUUUGCCUAAGGCCAAAGUAUUACCAAAAACAAUGCCAAGAGAAAUUUAAUAUAAGCAUGUAUAUAAUAUCAUAAAUAUAAUAACGAUUUAUUCUACAA